UGUGUGAGAGAGGAGAAUACAUAAAUCUUCCAUCUAUGCGAGACCUUUCGUCUUCCGAAAAUAGUAUAGCACGUACGUACGCGACCGUUCAUCCUAUAAUUAAACUUGGCCAGUGCGGCCACCAAAUGCAGGUUCAGUACGCUAAGGUAGCGGCCGGUGCGCGGCCAUACUUCCGUGGACAACUAUUCCAGCAAUUUUGAGUCUCCGAGAGAAUUCAAUGAGAGAGAUAAUUUAAAAAAAAAAGUGAAAGUUUUGAUCAGACGUGUAAUUUUUCAAUUUUUUUUUUUUUAACGUACUCCUUAGUUAAGCCGCGCAUCACAAAUUUUAUUACGUUUAUGAAUAAUUCAUGGUUCAUCUUUUUUGAAAGAAAGCGAAUGUAAAAACGAAACUUCAAAAAGAUAAUUCUUAAACGUGAGGUUGCAGAACUUUGUUUUUUUUCUUUUAAACCGCUGAAAUUUAAUCGGUUCUCGAUCUCUGAGGAAUUAAUUGACAAUGGAAGCUACUUCGAGUCGAGGAGUAUGCCCGGUGUGCGGUAAGAACGCGACGUUGAAGUGCGGCAACUGCAGGCGCGAGUUUUAUUGCGACAAGUCGCAUCAGUCUCAGGACUGGCCGCGUCACAAAUCCGUGUGCAACGCCUGGCAGAUAAGUCACAGCUCCGAUCUCGGACGACACUUGCUGGCGACCAGAGACCUCGCGCCGGGAGACGUGGUCCUCUCGGAGACGCCUCUGGUCUGGGGACCGUCGAUUCACAACUCGGGUCAGCGGCUGUGCGUCGGAUGCGGCAAACGAUGCGAAGACAUCGAUGUGAGAUGCGACAAGUGUCGCUGGCCGGUAUGCAAAUCCAAUUGCGAGGGAUUGUUCGACAAAAAGAAGCACAAGUUGGAGUGCGCUCUUCUUGCACGAGCUAGAAUCAUUCCCAGAUGCGAACUUCUUCUGGUGAUUCGUAUGCUGAUACUGUGGCACACGAAAUCGAAGCGCUGGACGUCCUUGAUCAAUCUGCAGAGUCACGAGGAUUCACGAGGACCCGGCACGGAGGCUCACAACGAAGUGAUGAGCAUAAUUCAGCAUCUCCGUCCGCUCUUGGCGAUGGCGUCCAACUGCGAGAACGUUCUGCCAAAGAUCUGCGGUCUGAUCGAUGUAAACGCGCUGGAAACCAUGCCGCCUGAAGGCUCCGUGGCGAUUUACGAAAACGCGUCCCUUCUGGAACACUCUUGUGUGGCGAAUACACGACACAGCUUUCACAUCGACGAUAAGGGCAGGCCACGUAUCACCGUGUACGCAGUCACGUCGAUUAAAAAAGGAGAGCAUCUGAGCACCAUGUACACACACGCGCUUUGGUGCACCAGAGCCAGACGGGAGCAUCUCCUCAACACAAAGUACUUUACCUGCCGAUGCGAGCGUUGCGCCGAUCCGACGGAACUGGGCACGCAUUUGGGCACUCUGCAGUGUCCCUGUAAAAAAGGACUCAUGUUACCGAACGAUCCUCUGAAUCCGAACACCGACUGGUCCUGCAAUGUGUGUCCGGGAAUAGUCACGUCCUCGGAGGUCGCCGAGUUGACGGACAAGUUGGAGGAAGAGGUCACGAAAGUCAUGGAACAAGCGAACGAGCACGUUUUGUCCGAUCUUCUUUCGCGGUUGACGGUGCUGCUGCAUCCUGGUCAUCAACACUGCAUAUCCGUCGCCCACUCUCUGAUACAACUGCUCGCGCCGAGCGAUCCGACGAAGUCGGAUCUGUGCAAACGCAUUCUCGAUACGGUAACCCGAUUGGAUCCGUAUGGUGCGCGCUUGGUGCUUUACACGGCGGUCACGUUGCGAGAACUCGCGUCGUGUCCCGGCGAGGACAGACGGGUUCAUCUCUCGAGAGCAGCUUCGUUACUGCAGGCGGAACCGGCGAAUUCACCCGGUGAAAAGCUCCUCAGACUCAUCCAGGUGGAACUCUGAUCACGAAAGUUUUGGCGAGAACACAGUCGCGUAUUUUUAAAUACAGAAGCAAACAGGGGUUCGUUUUUUUCUCACUUUUAUUACAAAUAUGCAAAAUAUUUUUUUUUGUUUUCCACGUCUGCGCGUCCACAAUUGCUUGGUAGUUUGUAUAAAUAUGUAUUUGUUGUUUAAUUUUCUUCUAAUUUCGAGUGUAACUGUUCAGAUAUAGACAGUUGGUGAAAAUUGUAAAAUAAAAAUUCGAUAUAUAUCUAUUUAGAAUAAAAACUAUACACAUACAAAAGACUUAAAAUUAUAUAUUAUAUAAAAUGUACAUACACAUGUUAUACGAAUUAUCAAAAUAUAUACGUUGAUGUGUGGUUGUUCCAUAUUUACGUUACUAAUUGUGUUGUACACAUACGAUAAAAAUCUAGACUAGAUGACUGCGCCUCGAAAUGCGACUGAAAAUGAUAAAAUCUUGAAAUCCGAAAGAGCAACUU